GGACAGUAAGUCGAGAGACCGAGAGAGGGGAAAAACUAAAGAAAGUCAACAGGUUGGACACACGGGUUGAAGACUGCGUGGUUUCUGGUCCGUCGUUUUGGUGCGGGACGGGUGGGGAGAUGAGGCCUCUCCUGGGAGCUCUGACUGCUCUGCUCUGCUGCUCCCUGUCCUCUUCACAAACACUGGACCCCGACGGGAGAAACAUCUGCCAGAAUCUCAGAGACCCGUCCACCUUGGUGUGUUGCACUGGAUGGCGUCAAGAAGGGAAAGAGUGCUCUAUACCUGUGUGUGAGGGCAAGCACGCCUGCCUGAAGGAUGAGCUCUGUGUGUAUCCUGGAGUGUGUCGCUGCCCAGCCGGCUUCUAUGGGGCUCACUGUAAAACAAGCUGUCCUCCUGAGUUCUGGGCACCAGACUGCCGUGAGGUUUGCCAGUGCCACCCACAUGGCCAGUGUCACUCCUCCACCGGCGUUUGCACCUGCAAUUCGAACCGCUGGGGCCCCGUGUGCCAGUACGCCUGCAAGUGCGGCCGCCACAGCCACUGCAACCCCGUCCACGGAAACUGCACCUGUAACGAGGGCUGGUGGACUCCAACCUGCACCAAGCCAUGCCAGUGCGUCAGCGGGGGCGCGGUGGGUAUGGCCUGCGACCAGCUAACGGGCCGCUGUCAGUGCCGCAGGGGUCACUGGGGUCAAAAGUGCUCUCUCACUUGUAACUGCUACAUGUCCCCCUGCAAUCAGCGCACCGGGGUGUGUGAGUGCCAGGCAGGCUGGUGGGGACACAGCUGUGACCGACACUGUAACUGUGACCUGACACAUAGCCGGUGUGACCCGGUCAAUGGGCAGUGCCUGUGCCACCCUGGGUACAAGGGCGACUUCUGUAACAAGCCCUGUGACGCGGGCCAGUAUGGUAGCGGGUGUAUACUGAGCUGUGGUCACUGUAGAGACGGCCAGAGCUGCUCUCCCACUGACGGUGUGUGUGCUGCCUGCGAGCCUGGCUGGAACGGGACACGAUGCGACCGUCUGUGCACUUUGGGUUUUUACGGCGAUGGGUGCCAGGAGAAGUGCCCGCGUUGCAAGAACAGCGAGCCCUGUGACCCAAAAACAGGGAGAUGUUGGAGGUGUGACCCUGGAUGGACUGGCCCCAGGUGUGAGGAUGCCUGCACUAACAGGACAUUUGGAGACGCCUGCAACUUCCGCUGUGGCCCCUGUUUCCAUGGUAACUGCCAUCACGUGACAGGAAGAUGUGUCUGUCAGCCAGGCUAUCAGGGAGAGAGUUGUAACAGCAGCUGCCCGGCGCUCCAAUACGGCCUCAACUGUUCCUCCGCCUGUGACUGCGGAGAGGGCAUCAGCUGCCAUCCAGCCACGGGUGCUUGUCCCAGCAGUGUGCGCGGGGCUCUGCUGGCAGGUGUGCUGGUGCCUCUGUUCCUGGUGCUGCUGGCCGUGCUCUGCUGCUGUCUGUGCUGUGGAGGAGGCUCUGCCGAUGGCAAAGACAGGGUGUCUGUGGCUGACGGAGAUGUGUUGGUUCGGAUGAAAUAUCAUGUCUACAGCGUCCUGGCCAACAUCAGCGCUGCCCUGCCAUGUAUCUCCAACUGGUCCUCUGGCUUGCCUCGUGUCACUGUAUCUCACCAUGACCCGGAGCUGACCUUCAACCACAGCUUCAUUGAGCCUCCAUCCUACGGCUGGGUGACAGAAGGCUCGUCGUUUGACAGUGAUGAAGAGGAGGGAGAGGCCCUGUACUGCGUCCCCCCGAGGGAAGACAUCCCGGCGGUGGCGGGCGGCGAGCUCCAGGAGAUGAGCUCCAAAUGUAACAUGUUCUUGGACCCGUCAGGCUUCAGCUGCGAGGACAUGGCCCAACCCUUCAACAUCCCACGCACUUCUAGCAUCGCCAAAUCCAAACGUCCCUCUGUCUCCUUUGCCGAGGGAACCCGCUUCAGCCCCAAAGAACGCCGCGGCUCUGCUCAGGAUCUGGGCAGUGGCCCACGCACAAAAUCCAAGUCCACCUGGGGGGCUCUGAUGCUCUCUGCCCACCAAUCCCACGGGGGUGCAGCUAGAUCUGGGGAGGAAGAUGAAGCUGAAGGGGAGGAGAGGGAAAACGGAAUGGAUGGAGGAGCCGUGGACGACCGGGAAUCAAACUGUGAGGCAGGGGACCAGGAAGUAGACAAGAGUUCAGCUGCCCCGUCCCGCAUCACCUCUCAGGGUCCUGGGACAGCAGGACGAAGACGUACCAUGUCCAACACUGCUGCCCAUAAAGGGAACCAGGCACCAGCACCUGCGCCUGAUGCCACAAAUAAGGUCACCACAGUGUACGUGACAGUGGGUAAAGCGGGUAGGCCCGUAUCUAAAGUCGAGUCCAGCUCCGAAGGCCCCGUCCAGGCUAUGCUGCGGCGGCUCGGCAGCCUCCAGAGACAGAGGGAGCAGGAGGCUGGCAGGCCCAAGGCUAAGGGAGCUGAGGGGAUUACCAAGCCACCCAGGAGGAAGCUUGGAGCCCGUGCAAGUGUGUGGGAGCAGGGAGGGCCUUCCGGAGCAGGGGAGGGCAGCAUAUCCAAGCCUAUUAGGAGGAAACAUGCUUCACUAAACACGCCUGGCACAGCGGGCACCAAUGACACUCCGUCAUCAGAGAGCGGCACUCCAAAGAGGCCGCUGUCGUCCAUUUUGAAGAGUGUGCCGGAGGGCUCCUCAGUUGACUCUGGCUCCGAGGUGAGGGCUGACGGAGCCAGAGUGCAGGGCGGCUCUCCCAGUGCAGGACAUACUGAGUGUAACUACCUGACUGUGGGUCCAGUGGCAGAUGCAGGGAGUCUCACUGAGGUCAUUGCUAAUGAGGGCGCAGUGGCCAGUGCGAACGAUGAACCAAGCUAUGAAAAUGUUAUGAUCAAACACCCAUAACUGCUGCAACAUCACUUCAUCAGGCGACAUCGCUGAAACUACAGAUGCACUCAAAUCUCACUCUCAAUCUCAAUUUAAUCAACUUUGUCGACACGUUUUGGUCAACAGUUCGAUACAAGUGAAGCUUACAUUUUGACAUCAAUGUAUUACAGGUCACCUACAAAAAAUGUAAGUAAUGUUUAGCCUAAAUUCAAAAGUGUAUACGCAUUAUAUACGCAUGUAUAUGCUUUUUUUCAGAUCAAAAGGCAAAUGUGAGAGGAAAGUAUAGAAUGUCAGAUUUUUUUUUUUUUUUCAGAAAAUAUACAACCAUGGUCAAAAUUUGUUGCAAUCUCUAUGUCCAAAUUCAGGGGAUCAUUAGUACUGUGACAAAUGGGUGACAGGAGAUUAUAAUUGCUCAGGUGUUGCAUGUUGCGUUAAUUGUGCAUACAUAAAAGAUCUGUGAAUAUUGA